AUGACCUGUACAGCAAACUCGAUGACGGUAGAAUCUUCUCUCGAGACCGAGGGGGGUCACUGGUCUUCUCCGCGAUCGACGUCGGAGACAUUCCUAUCACGCCCGAGGAAACUCUCUUGCGACUACCAGGAUGCCGACACCGUCUUCAUCAGAGUCGAGCUAUUCCUCGCCGAACUCGAGCGCCGUAUGCAAUGGAUUGAACAGUACCGAAAGUCUCACAUGGGUCAGAUCGACGCUGGAUUGAAGCGAGGCUACGCCACCCUUGAGGCCGUGCGAGACCAAUGCUCACUUGCGUCGGGUGAAUUGAUGGGCAGUGGAAAGAAACGGGCCAAGAUCUUGGUUGAAACUCUGGAGGAUCGAUACAAUGAGGCUUUGGCCACCAAAGAGACAUUGGAACAAAAGGCCCAAGCCGGAGUGCGUUUGAUGGAGUCCUUCUUAUCCGAACUCGAGUCACGAGCGCAUGCUGUUCGUGACCGUGGUAUUUAUGGGGCCUUGGAUGAUGGAUGGAAGGCUGUGGACUCGAAACUCGUUCACGCCCGUGAGGUGGUCGACGAAGGAAUGGAACGGGCUCGGCGAGCCCGGGAUGCUGUGCGUGAAAACAUCGAGACUGCUCUGUCUCUGGCCAAGGAGAAGCGACUGAUCACCUACUCGGAUCUCCCUGACCCUUGGCGAGUCAACCCUCAUAUCCUCAAGGGCUACCGCUUCACACAGUCCAAAGUGGAGUUAAUCUCUUCGGUCUUCGGCCUCUCGAAUGAGCUAGUCAACAUCUGGUCGCAUAUUAUCGGUCUCAUCAUCGUGCUAUCCAUCGCAUUUUACUUUUAUCCCUUACACACCAAUUUCCACCUCAGCACCAAGGCCGACAUCAUGGUCGCAGCUGUCUUCUUCUUUGCUGCUUGCAAAUGCCUAGUCUGCAGUACUAUUUGGCAUACCAUGAACAGUAUUGCCUCGCAGCCACUCAUGGAGCGGUUUGCGUGUGUGGACUAUACAGGUAUCUCCAUGUUGGUUGCCGCUUCGAUUGUUACAACAGAGUACACUGCCUUCUACUGCGAGCCUGUCUCCCGGUGGACAUACAUUCUCCUCACCAUGUCUCUCGGUGUUGGCGGUGUCAUUCUUCCAUGGCACCCAACCUUCAAUCGCCACGACAUGGCAUGGGCUCGAGUGGCUUUCUUUGUGACGCUUGCUCUCACUGGCUUUUCACCCCUCGCCCAGCUUACCUAUACCCGUGGUCUUGAUUGGUGCCUUUACUUCUAUGCGCCGGUCAUGAAAAGCAUUCUUGUGUACUUUGUUGGCGCCCUGGUCUAUGCAUCGAAGAUUCCAGAGCGAUGGAGCCCAGGUCUAUUCGACUACUUCGGUGGCAGCCACAACAUCUGGCACUUUGCCGUUCUGGGUGGAAUUCUCUUCCACUACCAUGCCAUGCAAGAUCUCUUUGCAGAUGCUUUUCAGCGGGCUCAAGGAGAAUGUCCCAACCUGGCAUCUUGA